GUCUAGCACACACCUCAUGUCAGAACUGACUCAGUCUGACCAGGAGAAUGGACGGAUGAUAAACAUUGAAGUCCAAUCAAGUGCAGAGAUUCACCGCAAGCUCAUCAAACAGUCACAGCUGAAAGCUCUUGAAGCUCAUCAGAAAAUCAGAGAUCUCUCAAUCAAUAUCAGAAUGAAAGAACAACUUAUCCGUGAGCUGGUGAAAUCUGAGAAAGAUGCUGAGUUGAUGAACAAGCAAUAUGCUGAGAAGAUAAAAAAACUGGAGAAGGAAAAAGAAGCAGCCAAGAAAGACCUAAGAGAUGUACAGAGGGCACUGCAACAACUGGAGACAAAAGACAAAAUGGAGAUUUCAGUUAUACAGAAACUGGAAAUGGAUUACAAGAGAAAGAUUGAGGAAGCCAAAGCUAAAGUGUCAGCUUUGCAGAAGAGACAGAGGGACACUGAGAGAGUUGCCAGUUUUGCUUAUCAGCACGAAAAAAAGAUCCAGGAUUUGGAAACAGCAGUGGAGAGAAUGAAACAGCAACAGGAGAAUCUGCACAAAAAGCUGAAAGAAGAAAUGGAUCAAAAAGCUAAAUUAGAGAAAGAAAUGCAGAAGGAAGUUCAGCGAGUGAAGGAUUUGGAAAUCAGAGAUGAGCAAACACAGAAAGUUUUGAAAAGGAAGACAGAGGAACUUAUGUCUGCAAAAAGACGUCUGAGAUCAACUUCUGGUGUCUUGCCGCCUAUUAUAAGUGAAGAGCAAGAUAAAUUAGAAGAACAAAGGAAAUGGGUGGAUGGUGAAAUUGAAAAGGUACUGGAGCAGCGACGUCAGAAUGAAGAAUUGGAGCGGGAGCUGAGAAAGAAGGAAGCCAUUAUUGCCAAGAAGGAAGCAAUCCUUGCAGAGAAGAGUGAACUGCAGAUGAAAAAAAUGAGGUCAAGUCAGGAACUAAGUAAGAGUUUACUGACGUUAUCUAGCAAGUUGGAUUCUGUGGAGAAAAAGUUGGAAGAGAAGAAACUAGAACUGCCAGAAGCAGGAGAUGAGAGAAGAUCUCAGGUGAAGGAAGAAAUCCACAAACUUCGGCAGACCAGAGACAAGCUUAACAAGAAAAGGUCUGCUUUGGAUGAAAAACUGCAUGAGGGAAAAGUUCUAACAGUUGAAGAAGAGAGAAGACUGAUAGAAAUGGAUGAAGCCAUAGAAGCCCUGGAUGCUGCCAUACAGUACAAAGAUGAAACAAUCCACAUUCGACAGACGGAACUGCGGCAGUCACAGCAGGCUUCAUUACAUAGUGAGGAAAACUUGCUGCAAAGACUGAACUCUCUCAGCACCUCAGAAAUCAGGGCACUGCUGUCUCGCUACUUUGACAAAGUGGUGGGCCUGAGAGAUGAAGGAAGGAAACUCAGCCUCAAGUGUAGUGAAAUGGAAGUGAAGACAGAUGAGCAAGAAAGACUGAUCAGAGAGCUAGAAGGAGCACUGCAACGCUCUGCCCUAGAGCUGGACAGAAAACUGACACAGCAACAGAGAGAAUAUGAAGAGAAGAUGCAGCUUUUGAUGCAUCAGUUGGCUGAAGUGGGAGGAGAACAGAAUGGCAUCGGCAGUAAAGACAAGUGGGUUUCUGUUUUUGUUUCACC